AGGAGUAAUGGUAAGGCAAGUGAAGAUAAGGUUUUGAAGAAGGAAGAUGAGAAGUACUACAAACCCUUUCAGAUUCACAGAUAAACCCCUCUCUCUAUCUCUAACCAUGAUACUUCUUCCAUUUACUUUCUUUGCUCUUCUUUGCUUAUACUCUUACCGUCCCUCAUUUGCUCCAUUUUCCACCACCCCCAUCACCAACCAGUCUUCUCUUCCUCCUACGUUUACUCCAGAAAAGCAACAACCUUAUGUGAAACCGUGUGACUAUUCCAAUGGCCAAUGGGUCCAUGACAAGAGAGGCCCCUUGUACAACGGCACAACAUGUAAGAUCAAAGAAAGCCAGAAUUGCAUCAUCAAUGGCAGGCCUGACUCUGGCUAUCUUCAGUGGAGAUGGAAACCAAGCGAAUGCAAUCUUCCAAGGUUUAAACCUCACACUUUUCUCCAACUUAUCAAGAACAAGCAUGUAGCUUUUGUUGGCGACUCUAUAUCCAGGAACCAACUAGAGUCCCUUAUUUGCUUGUUAACCACGGCGUCGACGCCUCACCGUGUCCACCACCAAGGUUCCCGGCGGUGGAACUUCCCUUCCCACAAUGCAAAUUUGUCCUUCUAUUGGUCCCCAUUUCUUGUGAAGGGUGCUCAGAGAAAAUUCCCAGUACCACUUUACAAUACAAUACAUUUGGACCAUGUUAAUAACAGGUGGGCCAGGGAUAUGGAUCAAAUGGACUUGAUAGUAUUAUCAUUUGGGCAUUGGUUUUUGGUUCCUUCAAUUUAUUAUGAAGGUGAUUCUGUUGUAGGUUGCUCAAACUAUCCUGGUCUUAAUUGCACUGACAUUGGUUUUUAUAGUCCAUUGAGAAAGGCUAUAAGGACUACUCUUAAUAGCAUAAUUGAAAGAAGAGAGGCUGAAGGAAACACUAACAGAAUUGAUGUGAUUAUGAGAACGUUUUCUCCUUCACAUUUUAAAGGUGAUUGGGAUAAGGGUGGUACUUGUGCAAAGUCUGAGCCUUACAGAAAGGGGGAGAAGCAACUUGAAGGAAUGGAUGCUGAGAUUAGAAGGAUUGAGAUGGAAGAAGUGGAGAGUGCUAAGGGAAAAGCCAAACAAUUGGGAUUUAGGUUGGAGUUAAUGGAUGUGACAGAAUUAGCAUUGUUGAGACCAGAUGGUCAUCCAGGUGCCUACAUGAAACCUUUUCCAUUUGCUAAUGGGGUGGUUCAAGAGCAUGUGCAGAGUGAUUGUGUUCAUUGGUGCGUGCCAGGGCCUAUAGACACAUGGAAUGAAUUUUUUUUGGAAAUUAUGAAAAAGUGGGAGGAACAACCAAAGGAGUGAAAAGUGAGGUUUAUUUUUUUUCCUUUCUCGUUAAUGAUUUCAGUUUAACACUACAAUUUAGCUUAUAGGAAACAAACACGGGGUAUAUGAAUUUUCUAGCAUGUGCAUAUUGUGAUUAAUUGGCUAUGCACACCCUUAACUUUCUUAUC